ACUCGAGACGUUGCGGGAACCUUCAAGGGAAAGUCUUGAAAGCGGUGAUUAAUCAAAUUAUCUCAACCUGUCAACCGUCUACUCCGACACAAACUUUUAUUGAUCCUACAUUUCAGUAGUGACGAUAACCUCACUUUAGUAUUAAUACAGCAAACAAUGAUUCCACAACUUAUCUGGACAUUACUGUUACUUCAAGUAGCUUACGCUGCACCGACUGCAGCUGAUUUGUCGAGGAUCGUCAAUGGCACGGAUGCGUCCAUCAAUGAUUAUCCUUUCAUGGUAUCUUUGCGGGGCAGCACUGGCCGUCAUUCCUGUGGUGGAAGUAUUCUCAACGAAAACUGGAUUCUGACAGCUGCACAUUGCGUCAACUACUACACAACUCCUCUGUUGCAAUCGGUUCAGGUUGGCAGAACGGAUGUUUCAUCAGAAAUCGACGAGUCCGUUUAUUGGAUUGACGAUGUAAUCAUUCAUCCGUUUUACGAUCCGAGUAAUAGCCUUAUCUUUGACGUGGCGUUGCUGAAACUGAAGAAAUCGUUGGUUUAUGACGAAACUAUUAAACCGGUUCAACUUCCUACGGAAGAGUAUGAGGAAUUGGAUGAAUCCGAUUUAACCGUAACCCUUAUCGGAUGGGGAUUGAACGAAACGGAUGGAGUUCUUCCUACCACCCUGCAGAAAGUUGACUACUUUGUAGUACCAAAUGAAAAGUGCAACAAUUUCCACAGCGAUCACGUCUAUCCGAAUCAAAUUUGUGCUGCCAUACCUGAGGGCGGAAAAGGGCAGUGCAAUGGUGAUUCCGGAGGUCCACUGUUACAUAAUGGAGUUCAAGUCGGCAUUGUGUCAUGGAGUAGAAAGCCUUGCACUAUCGCGCCUUAUCCAGGAGUGCUGACCAAAGUGUCAUAUUUCAUCAAGUUCAUCAAAGAAACUAUAAACGCAUGAGAGGCCAAAUGAAUGGUUUCCAUGUCAAAAUGAGGCUGUUAUCAGUUUACAAGUAGACAAUGUUUGUUUCAACCAGCACCGAUAAUAGACAAACACCAGUUAACAAGUUUAGAUUGAAACCAAUAUCAUUUCAAACACAACAAUGAAUUUACAAGCUAUUGAAUUAUCUGGUAGUUAAAAUCAAUGAGCACGACGGGAAAAAUUAU